CGAUAAGUCAAUUUCGAUAUCAAUUUGUUCAUUUUCUACUCCUCCAACGUAAUUAUGACAACUUCAAAGAGACUGGCAGACAGGAAGAUAGAGAAGUUUGACAAGAACAUUACUAAAAGAGGUUUUGUUCCUGAGACCACCACCAAGAAGGGCAAAGAUUACCCCGUCGGACCCAUCCUCCUUGGUUUCUUUGUCUUCGUUGUCAUUGGCUCUUCUCUCUUCCAGAUCAUAAGGACUGCAACCAGCGGAGGCAUGGCAUAAACCAAAUCACCAUUCAAGUAGAUGAAAGCACUUUUCAAAAUCUCUUCUUCUUGACUUGUGUCUCCUUUUUUCAUUGUACUGUAGUCUGUAAAAUGCGUUAACUUUCUUUUUUAUUACAUGUUAUGAAGAAUUUUGAGGGUCUUUUUUAUAAAUAUCCAACCUGUAAUGCUGUCUUGUUGACUUGUCUCAACAUGGUUCUCC